GUCUGACAUUGGAAAGCUCCAUUCAGAUCUAUAGCGCCUCUGAAGCCCACAACAAACACUGAACACCACCACCAACCUGCCUCGAGCCCGUUGUCCAUUAGCCUUCAACAAGGAGGAAGCAAGCAAGGGGAGGAGUAAUGGCUAGUGGAAUUCUUUCUUCCAUCACUCGGAUGACCGAUAAGUUGGCAGCUCCCAUUCGGAGAUCCCUCGGGGGCUCAUCCUCUUCUGACCCACAUAGUGUGGAAGAAGAUCUCAACAAGCUAAAAUCCACCCUCGAGACGAUUGAAGCUGUGCUCUAUGAUGCCGAGAAGAGGGAGAUACGAGAGGAGUCUGUCAAGCUCUGGCUGAGCGAGCUCAAAGCCGUGGCCUGCGACUCUGAGGACGUGCUCGAUGAGUUCGAAUAUGAGUUGCUGCGGUCCAAGUUGGAGAGUAGAGCUCCCAUGAAAUUCCCAGGCAAGAGGAAGCAAGGAGAGGUACGUGAAUUCAUUCCUUCUCCUUUGAAUGAAGCUUCUUUUCGUGAUAGCUUGGCACGUAGGAUUAAGCAGAUCCGAGAGAGGUUCGAUGAGAUCGCAGCGGAACGGGUGGCUCUCCAACUGCGAGAAGGAGAUGGGCCAUUGCGGGUGGUCGACAAUUACAAGCAGCCUCCGAGUAGCUCCAAUCUUAGCCAAUUGGAAAUUCAUGGUAGAGAGGAAGACUGUAUAAAGCUCAUCAAAUUGUUAUUAUCAGAAGAUUUCAAGGGGAGUAAUAUUUCAGUUCUUCCAAUAGUUGGCAUGCCGGGAGUCGGAAAGACAACAUUAGCGCAGCUUGUCUUCAAUGAUUCCAGAGUAUGCAAGCAUUUCAAUACAAGGGAAUGGAUCAGCUUAUAUGGAAGCUUUAAUGUCGCAAGGCUGAUGAAAGAGAUCAUCGAGUCGAUCACCAAGAGCCCAUCUGAUCUUACUGAAGUGAGUGCCCUUCAAGAAUGUCUCAAGGAGGUGCUGAGUGCCAAGAGAUUCUUGCUUGUAUUGGACGACGUAUGGAAUGAGGAUCAGAUGCUAUGGGAGAUGUUAAGGUCUGCCUUGGCAUCAGAUGUAGAAGGGAGCAAAAUCAUUGUGACCACUCGGAAUGAAACUGUUGCUAGAAUCGUGCAGACGAUGCCUCUUUAUCAACUUGAUUGCUUGUCGGAUGAAGAUUGCUGGCGGCUGUUUCGAAGAUGGGCAUUCGAUGGGCGAGAUCCGAGAGCACACCCGGAAUUAGUGGAGAUCGGAAAGAUGAUUGCAAGCAAGUGCGGAGGCUUGCCUCUAGCUGCAAAGGCACUGGGAGGCCUCCUACGCUUCGAGAAUGAUGAAGAGAAGUGGGUCGAUCUUCUUCAGAGUGACCUAUGGGAUCUGGAAGACACUGAGAAUAAGAUCUUGCCAGCUCUGAAACUUAGCUACCAACAUUUGCCGGUCCAUUUGAAGCGCUGCUUUGUUUACUGCUCGGUGUUUCCAAAAGGUUUUGUGUUCAAGAAGCAUGUAUUGGUCAGGCUGUGGAUGGUGCAAGGCUUCCUCCAGACAAGGGAUGACAAAGAACCAGAGGACAUGGGUUUCGAAUGCUUCGAUGACUUGCUUGGGAGGUCAUUCUUCCAGCACUGGAAGCUAGAAUUUGGCGACGAGGAAAAAUUUGUUAUGCAUGAUCUCUUUCUUGAUCUAUGCCGAUACAUUUCUGGGGAAGAGUGCUUGCUGACAGAGAAUUCUGACCUUCGCAGUCUCUCUCCAGAAGCACGCCACCUCUCCUUGAUCCCAUAUGGAUCCAGAGUGACAAUGCAAUUGAACUCUAUCGACAAGCCCAGGCCCCUACGCUCGCUGCUACUCAUCUAUAGGCUGAUAUAUUCAUGGGGUGGAGUAGGCUUGUGGGAAGGGAAUCUCGUGCAUCUCAAGAUUCCAGAUGAUAUCUUCCUGAAUUUGCCAUGCUUACGGAGUCUGGAUUUGGCUUACACUGACAUAGAGGAGCUACCAAAUUCGAUCGGCAGCCUGAAACACCUGCGAUACCUCAGUCUCAGAAGCACUAAGAUCCGUAAGCUUCCUGAAUCCUUAUGUAGACUUUACUAUCUGCAGACACUGGAGAUGGCAUACUGCAACAAUCUUCGUGAGUUACCAAAAGGCAUUGGAAACCUCGCCAACCUGAGGCAUUUAGAGCUGCCAACAAUGGAGGAUUCAUAUGUCUGUAUGCCAUCUGGGAUCGGCAGAUUAACUGGUCUCCAAGAGCUUGCAGCAUUCAAUGUGGGGGGAGAUGGUCGGCAUUGUGGUAUCGGGGAGUUGAAGGACAUGGCAAAUCUUGGAGGGGACCUCCAUAUCUCUGGGCUCCGAAAUGUAGCUCGAGGAUGGGAUGCAAAGGAGGCCAAUUUGAUGAACAAGAAAAAUCUUCAGAGGUUGACACUAGAUUGGUAUGUUCACCAAUCAGACUACAAGUGCAGUCAUUUGAACCUCAGUUCUGAUGAUGAGCGGACCGCAGCCAAGCUUGGAGCAAACUGCAGCUCAGAAUCUGGAGGAGUGCUCGCCGUGCCUUGGGAACAUUUCCAGGAGGAGGAUGUGGUGUUCGAGAGCCUCCAACCUCACCCCAACCUUGUGGUGUUGCAAAUUCGAAACUACAAUGGUGCAAGAUUUCCCAAAUGGCUGGGGGAUCCAUCCUUGUCCAAUCUUGUCACUAUAAAGCUCUUUAUCUGCGAGAAAUGUGAAGCCCUUCCAUCGUUUGGCGAGCUAUCAUCUCUCAGAAAUCUCCACAUAGCAGGAAUGGGCAGCAUUCGGCGCAUCGAGCAAGAGUUUUGCGGCACUAAGCAAUUCCCGGCAUUGGAGGAGCUGCAAUUCGAGUGGAUGCCUGAAUGGGAGGCAUGGAGUGGAGUGAAGGAAGGUGCAUUUCCUCAGCUUGCCGAGCUAAUAUUUCGUGAUUGCCCAAAACUGGGUAUCAUCCCGAAAGAUCUCGCGCCAUCCUUGAAGAAGCUUGAUGUAGGGGACUGCAAGCAGCUGAGCAUCCUCCCAGCUCCCCCAUCUCUCACCAGCUUAUGUAUAGGAGGGGAGUCCAUGGAACAAUUAUGGUCUUAUACCACAGAACUCACCAAGCUUGAGGCCUUAGAAGUGGCGUACUGUGAAGGACUGACUUGCCUUCCUUUGCACAAUAUGCCGGCUCUUAAGAGGCUGGAGAUCACAGACUGCUCACAGCUUGCAACUAUAGAUUGUAGGGGUGGAUCUGCUGCUGCCAAGGCUCUGGCUUCUUCCUCUUCUUCAGUGCCAUCCCAGGUUGGGCUGCACAAUUUGAUAUCACUUGAAAAUUUGAAGAUUGAGAAUUGCCCGGUGCUUCAAUUUGCGAUGGAAGAGCAGCUUCCUCCAAUGCUUAAGGAUGUGGUGAUAUCCUGUUGUCCAUUUCUGGUGGAGUGGUGUGAAAGAUCAGAAGGAAGAAGUCAGUUGGCACGGGUGCCUAAUUUUCUAGUUGAGAACUAUGAUGCCGAUGAGUUUCAGGAAUGGGUUAUGAGCACACAAAAUGAAGAGAGUGACAAAGAAAUUGAAGAAGAUUGAAAAGACUUGGCGAUAGAAUGUUCCAUGAAAAUUUGAUUUUUCCUUUGGGUUAGAGAACAUUUGGCCAUUUAAUUCCAAGUCAACAAUCUAUUCACCUCCUUUUGUGAGAACAAAGAGUGAGGAAAAAUAAAUGGGACAAAAGAGAGAAAUGUUUGUAGAAAAUGUCUGACAAAGUGGAGAUGAUGUCUAUCCUACUGAUGAAGGGCAGAGAUGCCCAAGGGUAUAAGUUUUUCAGUGGCCUACUUUGGGGUGACUAUCUUUCUUUGUUCAUUUUGUUGUAUGAUGAUUUGAUGUCUUUGCUUAUUUUGCUUUUGCAAAUCGACACGGUCUUAACGUUGUAUGUACAUAUUAUGAAUUCAAUCAUAUUUUGUAUUCAAAAAAAGGAUUGUGCAAUUUGGGAACUCUCUCUUCUUCA